AUGAUCAGCUUUAAGUUGCUAAUUUUGGUUUUGGGUGUUGUUAGAAUUUCUUCUGCCAAUAAAUUGAUAGCACCCAAACCCGAACCAGAACCAGAAUGUGAAAAUGAGGAGGAAACUGAAAAUCCAGAGGAACCUGAGGAUGAAGAGGUCCCCGAAGAUGAAGAGGAACCUGAAUGUGAAAAAGACCCUGAUGAUGAAGAGAAGCCUGAAGAUGAUGAGGAGCCUGAAGAUGAAAAGAAGCCUGAAGAAGUAGAGGAACCUGAAGAGGAACCUGAAGAGAUGCCUGAAGAAGUAGAGGAACCUGAAGAGGAACCUGAAGAGAUGCCUGAAGAAGUAGAGGAACCUAAAGAGGAACCUGAAAAUGAAGAAGAUCCUGAUGAUGAAGAGGAGCCUGAAGAUGAAGAAGACCCUGAUGAUGAAGAGAAGCCUGAAGAAGUAAAGGAACCUGAAGAGGAACCUGAUGAGAUGCCUGAAGAAGUAGAGGAACCUAAAGGGGAACCUGAGGAUGAAGAAGAUCCUGAUGAUGAAGAGGAGCCUGAAGAUGAUGAGGAGCCUGAAGAUGAAGAGAAGCCUGAAGAAGUAGAGGAACCUGAAGAGAAGCCUGAAGAAGUAGAAGAACCUGAAGAGGAACCUGAAGAAAAGCCUGAAGUAGUAGAGGAACCUGAAGAGAAGCCUGAAGAAGUAGAGGAACCUGAAGAGGAACCUGUACUACAGACCAUAACUCCAACUAAAUGCGAAGACGAUUCCAAUCCAUAUUAUAGAAACUACCAGUGGGCACUCCAGGAUUGUCUCUGCCGACCAUUCCAAAACGAAUACUUCAUGAAAAACGACAACACUGAGAGAAUAAAGGAUGGUAACACCCCUUUUGUACCCGUUACCGAAGAGCUUUGCAAGAACUUCAUUCCCCUCGAGUGUUCUGCGGGAUUCCCCGUCGAAGCUCUAUUCCCCAUACCAGCUGCCUGUGGCUGCAAUCGAAAGCCAGGAUCUAUCUCCACCGAGCGAUUCAACAGCCUGUGUCACCUGCUCAAAUUCUCAGCUGAAAACAGAAAGCCCUUCUUGAGUUAUUCGUAUUGCUGGCCCUUUUCAAAGUGA